GGUAAUUUGUUUUCUCUCUCUUUCUCGCUCAGAAUCCAUCAAUCAAAAACCGAACGCCCUAAUUGAAGCACGUGUUCAUAGUUGUAUGCGUUCUCAAACAACAUUGCUUGCUGCCUUUUCUUCCUCAGGAAUCCCAUUCACAGAAUCACAGGUAACUGCUGAUUGCUGAAGCAGAGUUGAGUGGCAUGGCGACAUCCUUAUCAAAAAUACUCUUCAAGGGAAUCGCAGCUCGUUCUCUCACCACACAUCAAACUGGUUCCUGUUAUUAUGGAAUGAGAUACUUCAACACGGUGUCAAAUGAUCCCGACACACAUGAUGACUUCAAGCCAGCUAAUAAACUUGAGAGUUCUGGCAUUUCUUUGUCAGAUGUUGUUGGGAAGGAUGUCAAGGAUAAUCCUGUUAUGAUUUACAUGAAAGGUGUGCCUGAUUAUCCACAGUGUGGAUUUAGUUCUCUGGCAGUUAGAGUUUUAACACAAUAUGAUGUUCCCUUAAGUGCUAGAAACAUUUUGGAGGAUCCUGAGCUGAAAAGUGCUGUAAAAGCCUUCAGUAACUGGCCAACAUUUCCACAAAUUUUCAUUAAGGGAGAUUUUGUUGGUGGAUCAGAUAUUAUUCUUAAUAUGCACCAGACUGGUGAAUUGAAGGAAAAGCUUAAAGAUAUUAUCUCCAAGAAGUAAAUGCACAACUAAGGUGAUGAUAUUUAAGAGAAAAAGGUAGUUUAGACAACCUUAUUCGAUGUAAUCUAUUUCUCUUGCUAAAAGAUGACAUUAUGUGAUUUCUUUGUAUAAGCUUUUCUGGAGAGUAAUAAGUUAUUUGAGAAAGAAAAAGUUGUAUGUUUUAAGGUAUUCCUUUCUAUUAAGAUUUUUUUGUGCGUGUACCUUGCUUUAAUGUUCAUAUGUUGUACAU